UCCUCCAUGCAUCCAACCUUCACAACAUCUAUCGUAAACCUCUUCUCACUGCAAAGCAAUCAAGCAAGCUCCAUCAUACAGCACACAAUAGCUAUAGCUAGCAGCUAGCUAGAGCAAACAUGGCGUCCCGACGCCGCCAUUCGUGCCUAGGGGCGCCGCUCGUCCUCGCCCUGGCGUUCGUGCUCCUCUCCUGCCUCGCCGGCCCGGCGACGGCGAAGCAGACGAACCAGGUGACCGUCUUCUGGGGCCGUAACAAGGACGAGGGUUCCCUGCGGGAGGCCUGCGACACGGGGCUCUACACCACCGUCAUCAUCUCCUUCUACAGCGUGUUCGGCCACGGGCGCUACUGGGGCGACCUGUCGGGCCACCAGCUGGGCGGUGUCGGCGCCGACAUCAAGCACUGCCAGCAGUCCAAGGGCAUCCUCGUGCUCCUCUCCAUCGGCGGCGGCGGCCAUGACUACUCGCUCCCGUCCUCGCAGUCCGCGGCGGACGUCGCCGACAACCUCUGGAACGCGCACCUCGGCGGGCGCCGCCGCGGCGUGUACCGCCCGUUCGGCGACGCCGCCGUGGACGGCAUCGACUUCUACAUCGACAACGGCGCGCCGGACCACUACGACGAGCUGGCCCGCCGCCUCGACGGGUACAACCGGUUCUACCGGGGCCGGAAGGGGGUGCGGCUCACGGCGUCGCCGCGGUGCGGGUGCCCUGACUGGCGCGUCGACCGGGCGCUGCAGACGGGGCUGUUCGAGCGCAUCCACGUCAGGUUCUACGGCGACGACAAGUGCUCCUACAAGAACGGCGGCACCUGGGGCAUCGUGGAGGAGUGGGACAAGUGGACGGCGAGGUACCCCAAGGCGGAGGUGUACCUGGGCCUCGCCGCGGCGGAGAGCGGCGUGCCGGAUGGGGCGCAGGGCACCAUCGCGGUCUACCUCAAGUAUCUCUACUACGAUCUGCUGCCCAAGGUUCAGAAGGCGCCCAACUAUGGUGGCGUCAUGGUGUGGGACAGGUACUCGGACAAGAAGACCGGCUACAGCGGCGUCGUCCAGGGCUGGGCGUGAGGUUGUUGGUUGUUUUACAGCUAUUAUUAGUACGUGUGUGUACGUACUAAUAAUAAAAUAAGAUCCAUUUGAAACAAUGAUAUAUGGGUCAAAUGUAUGGCUUAUGUAUGUUCUAGCUGUGUUUUGCAGCUGAAUGAAUUAUAUAAUGUUGUUCAGUUUGUCAAAAAUAUAUAUAUAAUGUUGUUU